UUAGGGUCAGUCCUUACCAUGAAGAACACGUUGAAAGUGGGGAUGAGUCGUCCAAUUGGUAGGUCGUUUAUGUUGUUUUUCUUUUUCUUUUUCUUUUUUUUUUAGCAUGCACACACGUUCAUUUAUUAUUUUUUUUGCCUUUAGCUCGUCGAGACUAACGAGCUUGGAUGUUUGUUUCAGGUAUGGACUUUGAUCUUAAUGAGGUAUUGAGGACUCUGCCAGGAGGAGAUGAGGGUCUUACCCUCGUUGAUGGGGCCGAGCUUGAUCUGGAAGGAGUCAUGGACUCCAUGCCUGACCAGGGGCAGGAGGGUGAGGUGGAUCCUUUGCCUAUCCCUUCAAAGAGAAGAAGGGGGGCCGACCUUGGGAGAAAGUCUCAGACGAUCAACGAGACUUCUCAGCCUUUAGAUGAGCCUCGUGAUGUGGUUCCAGCUCCUAGGCCGGGAGCUCCUAGUCGUGCGCGAUGUGAGCGCGAGGACUCGCUUCCUAGCUUUGGGUUUCCUCCCACCCGGGGCUAUCAUGAGAUGGGGGUGCUUAAGUCGUUGGUGAUCCCCGCUCGAUCCAGAGCGAUUGCAGGGCGCAGCGCAGAUGACAUAGAAAGGGCUGCGGCUGUUUACCUUCAGAGGGUGGUGGCCCUCCAGACCGGACUCGCUGAGUCGAAUCGCCGCCUAGCCUCAGAGCUGAAAACUCUUACUGAAGAAAAGAAAAAGGAGGCUCAUCACCACAAGAAGAAAAUAUCCUCCUUGAGGAAAUCUCUGGAGAUGUCGGACGCUCGAGCUCGUGAGCAAGAGACGAAGAUUGACAACCUACGCUCUGUUUUGGCUUGUGCUCCUGAAGAGGCGGUUGAGAGGUAUAAGGCCUCAGUGUUUACUUUUGCUUAG